GUGAAGGUAAACGGCGGCGGAUGAGGUUUUUUUUCUCUCCCCCCCCUCCUUCCUCAGCGACGGAGAGGCGAGACGUCAAAGCGCUGCCUUUCGCAGCUGUGGAAGAGAAAAAGAGAGAGAAAUAAAAGCAAUGGCAGCCAAAACAUCAGCGGGAUCGACGCCCAGCUCGGUGAAGCGGGAUCUGUCAUCCUAAACUUCUGCAAAUGAUCUUUUAGCCUUGUCUUCAGAUCAUCCCGAAAAAUUUGCAAGCAUUGCAACAGUUGGGAUGUUGCGACAGACUGUUGGAAGUAAUAAACGUGGUUUGGGUUUCUCCCGUUUAUCCAAUUCAAAUUUCUUUGCAUUGCCCAGCUCAGGAAACUGGAGUAUGGGCCGAAGUGUCAAAAGUGGUUCCGUCAGCAGCAUCAGCUCUAACUCAGAUUGUUAUGACAAUCCAGUUGUGGACCCAGAAUACAUAAUGCAGUUGGUGAAUGAUGUCAGGAAAUUUGCAGAUGUACUGGAGCAUUUGAAAGAAGCCUUUCUUUCAGAAGAAAAUAAAAGUUUACAUCAAAUGGCCCAUGAACGUCUAGGAGAGCUGUUAAGAGUUUUAAAGUUGGUGAUUAGCAAACAUCAGUCGUUAAAUUCUGUGGAUAUUCUAAGUGCGACGGGGACAGUGAUUUCUAAAGUAAAAGGUGCCAACUACAAUGAAGUAAAUGAAGAGAAAAGAGAGCAUUUCAGUGAAAUAUUUGCUUCUAUUGACACAUUGGCAUUCACAUUUGGUAAUGUCAUUUCAGACUUUCUUAUGGGAGACGUGGACUAUAGUUCAUCUGUGGGACUCCCAAUCAGUGGAAGAAGCCGCUCCUAUGAAAACCUGUCAUUGGGAUCAAGAGGAUCUAUUCAGGAAAAGAAUGACCUGCAAGGGGCUCUCCGAGCAGAGGAAGUUGAUAACAUGCUACUUAAAAAUGACAGUGGGAUAGAGUCAGCUUUAAUGUAUGCAAAAAAUUGGUCAAAAUAUACCAAAGAUAUUCUGGCCUGGUUGGAAAAGCGGCUCAAUCUGGAUAUGGAAUAUGCAAGAAGUUUUUCAAAAUUGGCAGAGUCAGCUAAGACAUUUAUUGGCCAACAGGUACACAUGCCAUUUCAUUCAGUGUAUAUGUCUGCUUUUGAAUGUGAUAUGGAGUACUGUCAGGCCGUCCUUCAAACUGGAGCAGGCCUCCAGUCAAAUAAAUUUAUUCAGCCACUUCUGCUACGAAGAAACGAGCUGGAUAAGCAGCGUAAAGAAAUUAAAGAACAGUGGCAAAGAGAGCAAAGAAAAAUGCAUGAGGCAGAAGCAACCUACAGGAAGGCAAAUCUGUUGUACAUUCAGCGCCAGGAAGAAUAUGAAAAAGCAAAAUCUUCUACAAUUCGAGCUGAGGAAGAACAUGUAACUUCAAGUAGUGGACUAACUGGAAAUCACAGCAAGCAUCUUGAGAAAAAACGAAAACUGGAAGAAGAUGCUUUACAAAAAGCAGAAGAAGCUGGAGAGAAUUUUAAAGCCUCUAUAUCAGAUGCCAAUGAAAAAAGAAGCAAUAUGGAAAGCAUCAAGAGUGAAAUACUGACACAACUACGUGAACUUGUCUACCAAUGUGAUCUCACCUUAAAAUCAGUGACGGUCAACUUGUUUCAGAUGCAGCAUGCACAAGUGGUCUCCCUUCCUGUUAAUUAUCAAUCUCUUUGUGAAAAUACCAAGUUGUAUGAGCCAGGACAACAGUAUUCAGAAUUUGUCAAAAGUUUACCAAAGGAGGAAGUUCCAAUGGAGCCAUACUUCUUGCCAUUUUCAGUUUCGUCCAGUGGAGGGCUUCCAGUUACUAAAAAAGCAACAAAUAGUCCACAUUCAUCGCAAGGAAAUUUGUCACAGACCUCUGGUACCUCAGGGGAUAUUCCACUUCAGUCACCUGAUGUGGAAAGUCCCCUUCAUAUCAAGUCAAAUAACUUGGAAGAGAAGCCGUUGAAUAGCAUUGACCUUCAAGUCCAGAGUCAUGGGCCAUUUAGAGCUUGGCCCUUAGGAACACAAGGGAACGGUAUGUGCAGUGAUUCAGAAAGUGGAGGCGGAAGCAGUGAGUCACGGUCCAUGGAUUCUCCUUCUGCUAGCCCAGGUGAUUUUAAAAGAAGGCUGCCCCGAACACCUUCAACAGGCACCAUGUCUUCAGCAGAUGACUUGGAUGAAAGAGAACCACCAUCUUUGUCAGACAAUGGCCUAAAUGAGAUUGUCGUGGAGAUGGCAAGUUCUCCAGGGCCCUUCCGCAAUACUGUAAUGUCAAAGGCAGCGCAAACCCACAAACUGCGAAAACUACGAGCUCCAUCAAAAUGUAGAGAAUGUGACAGCCUUGUGGUGUUUCAUGGUGCUGAAUGUGAGGAGUGUACUUUGGCAUGCCACAAAAAGUGCCUCGAGACUCUAGCUAUACAGUGCGGUCAUAAGAAACUUCAUGGUCGAUUGCACCUGUUUGGAGUGGACUUUAUUCAAACUGCAAAAGAUUGUUCUGAUGGAAUUCCCUUUAUUAUUAAAAAAUGCACUUCGGAGAUUGAAAACCGAGCUUUAUGCAUAAAGGGUAUUUAUCGAGUAAAUGGAGCAAAAUCUAGAGUUGAAAAGUUGUGCCAAGCUUUUGAAAAUGGAAAGGACUUAGUGGAACUCUCAGAUUUGUAUCCCCAUGAUAUUAGCAAUGUGUUAAAACUGUUCCUUCGUCAGCUUCCAGAGCCACUGAUGUUGUUUCGUCUUUAUAAUGAAUUUAUUGGCUUGGCCAAGGAAUGCCAUAAUGUUAUCACUGAAGAUGAGGAAAAACAAAAAGGUCUGGCAGCACGCAAGUGGUCAACCAAUAUAGGAAGAAAACAAAUUCUUUCUAAAGUCAAAGAUCUACUUGGGCAAUUGCCACAACCAAAUUACAACACUGUGCGGUACCUCAUAAGCCACCUUCGCAGGGUAGCAGAAAAAGAAGAAGAAAAUAAAAUGUCACCUAGCAACCUUGGGAUAAUAUUUGGACCCACUCUAAUUCGACCAAAACAAACUGAUGCUACUGCUUCAUUAUCUUCUCUUGUUGAUUAUCCAUAUCAGGCUCAAAUGGUGGAACUACUCAUUAACCAUUAUGAAAAUGUAUUUGUUUUUUCACUGACUCCAUCUUCACAAACUGGAAAGACAUCAUUUGAUGAGAAAGAUAAGGCUAUUUCUUUGUCACCCGAGGAAGGUAUCACAAAAAACAAAGGUCAUCCAAAAGCUAACAAAGAAGGCUUCGGGUUGUCUGGACAUGAAAAGGAAUCUUCACAGAAGGCAUCUUCCAAUAAGACCAUAAGUGAAGGAAAGGAUCUAAAAUGGAGCAAAAAAAUUGAUGAAUUAGGUCCAGAUAUUUCCCUCAACCCAGAAAAAUCUGAACUGCUGAAGGAAUUGCCAACUACGCAAGCUUCCGAAAUACAGAAGACCAACAAGUUGUCAUCGAGUGAAAAAGCUGGUCAGCAGCUUGUUAAAGUUAAUAUGCGGCCUCCCAGGCCAAAGCCAAUUAUUCCAAGACCUGCUAGCCUUCCUGUUCCUGAAAUGCUUUCUUUGAAUGACAAAAGUUUGAAAGUGUGUAGCAAAACAAACAAUGAAAGGAGUACUAUUGUUGAAGAAGUUCCAGAGAUGCAAAUUCCAUCUCGUUCCCCUACGUGCUGCAGACAUUCAUACUACGAUACCCAGUCUCUGCGUCGGACUUGGGACAAGCAGUAUAAGUGUUAUGAUAUAACUCAAAAGACAGCCAAGAUUGUGGCAAAUGUUGCUCCAGAAAAUAAAACCAUUGACAAUUCUCUCUCUCCACCCUAUGCUCAAGGUUCUGGCAAUAGCUUUACAAGUAGCUUGCUUCCCAAUAAACCAAACACAGCAACUGUUAGACAAGUAAAGGCCACUAAGAUUAAUGGAAACUCAUUAGAUUCUGCACUUCCUUAUGCAUUUCGAUCUCCACGAACCCUGCAGCCUCCACCUGGCACUUUCUACAAACCUCCCACUAAUGCAGUCAAACAUGCAGGAGGUUAUUUGCUCAAACCUAUUGUAGCAUUAGCUAAUAACUCGGAUUCUGUACAAGACAGCAAUGGAACAAUUACUUCUGAAGAUAAUGAGAAUAAUGGAGCUAAGGAAUCGGAAGGUUCAGCAUCUGCAGCCAAAGAAACCCAAGGAGAACGUAAACUGGCAUUUCAAAGACUGCGAUCAAAACGAAUUCCACCAGACUAUGAAUACAGAGAAGCCCAUUUUGUUUAAAUGAGAAUUAAGUGAACUCUUAAAAGUGUUAAUCUGCCAAGCUACUUUUUAAUAUUAUUUAAAAAUGUUCUAUUUUUCCACGUGAGAAGCCAUAACACAAUCUAAAUGCAAAACUUUGACGGUGAUUGAAGUGAACUUCAAUUUUCUCAGUCGCUAUUAUUAAUGUAGAAUGUUGCAAUUUUCAUAUUUCUUAAACUUCCCAAGCUUCCUAACAAAAGCUGUAGUUACUAUUGAGUUGUAAAUGAAUUGAAUUUAAAAUCUUAUGGUAGCAUGCAACUUAAGUGUAUCUUUUCCCAGAAAAAAAGAGACAACUGCUAAAUAUGCAGCACAGCAUAAAUUUAUUUUGUGGCAAUAGUAAUAUGUUAGUACUUCUAGAUUUUUUUUUGCAGUUAUCCAAAGUUUUGCAAAAUUUAUAUUCUCAACUGCCAUUCUUAAUUGUGCAAUCAAAGCUUUCUAUGAGUCUUAAAAACUGCACAGAAAUGCCAGAGCCCUUGUUCUUUAAUGUGCAAAAGCCCUCAAAUAUAUCCAUAUUAAUCGUUUGCAUUUGGAAGCCAAGUGAUUUUCAAAAUGAAUAACUUGUCAUUUUUUAUUGGUGUAUGUAAUGUGGUCCAUGACCAGGCAAUGUACUCAUUGGGGGUUCUGUCUUAAAAUGUGAAUUACCUUUGUAAAUUGUGCAUAAGUUUAUUUAUAUUAUGUUCAUUUUGUUGCAUGUAUGCUUUGUUUACAUUACUUUGUACACAAGACACUAAGCUAUGUUUCUUAAAGCAAAUAUAUUAAUUCCUAUAUAUAAUGUCAUGAAUUACAUGAAAUGCCUUAACCUUUGGAAAGUUGCCUUAUGUAAUUUAUUAAAAUUUAGGUUUUGUGUAUUUUAUAAAUGUUGAAUUUAUGUAAACUAACUGGGCAUCCAUCUGCAUAAGAUCAGUUAUGAUAUUUUAUACUUGCAAUGCUUUUAGGUGGAUUACAUAAGCCUUGGGAAAUUUGACUGAGGUGUGAAUGGGCAAUAUUUUUCAUCAGUGUUUUAAAUAGUUACUUCAAGAAUGCCAGAGUUUUUCUGCUUUGUACUUAAGGCAUUUUUAUAGGAACUUUUACUGGUGAUGCACUGUUGUUGGCUCUUUGAGUGGGAGACCUCCAAUGUUAUAAAGAUCUUUAAAUGAAUGUAGAAAGGAUGGGACAUUAUUACUUAAAUUUGGGAUGAUGCAUUUGUUAAAUGUGCCUUGUGUUUACAGUUGAGACUUUUUCCUUGGAUAAUGGAAAUGCUGGUAAUGUUGCAGAACUAAGUCAAAUUGUUUUUGUUGUGUCCUAUCAUUCUACUAUGUUGCUAUAUUGGAAUUUCUGAACCACCAUCUCUUUGUAUGGCAUUCGAUUGUAAUAAAUGUUCCUUUGUUUUUCUA